CAGCGGGAGCCAUAUUGCCGUGAAAAAGGGAAGACUUGUUGUUCAUGGGGUCAAAUCACAUCCAACUGGAAUUCUAAACAUGAUAGAAACAAUGGAUACACAGCGUGCCUUGCAGGCGGUGGAGCGUCUCCAGGCCAAACUGAAGGAGCGGGGGGAGGUGCCCACGGAGGAGAAGCUCAACCUGCUGAAAUCAGUGCUCCAGAGCCCCCUCUUCCACCAGAUCCUGGCCCUGCAGAAGUCUGUGCAGCAUCUCAGAGACCAGGGGACUGGCCCAGUGUCACAUGGAAGUGAUAUUGGUGAUCAUGUCGCUGCUGUCAAACCCAAUGGUGGCCAUGUUUCCUACUCAGACUCUCCUGCUGGGACACAAAUCAACGGCAAGACGGGAUCCGAAGAAUUUGAUCACAUUAUACAGUCCAUGGCACAGGGCCGCUACGUCACACAUGUGGACUUGCAAAAGCCAGCAUCAGGAGGUCUUGGCUUCAGCGUGGUGGGGCUUAAGAGCGAGAAUCACGGAGAGCUGGGCAUCUUUAUCCAGGAGAUUCAACCGGGAAGUGUGGCGCACUGUGACGGGAAGCUCAGAGAAGCAGAUCAGAUCUUAGCCAUCAACGGCCAACCUUUGGACCAGAAAGUGACCCACCAGCAGGCUAUCGCCAUCCUGCAGUGUGCUUCAGAGAGGGUGCAGCUCACGGUGGCGAGAGGACCUAUACCUCAGCUGGCCAGCCCUGCGGUGUCACGCACGCCUUCUGCUGCCAGUACACUCUCUGCUAACUCCAGCGCGUGGCAGCACGUGGAGACAAUUGAGCUGGUCAACGAUGGCACCGGUCUCGGCUUUGGUAUUGUGGGAGGUAAAACCACAGGGGUGAUUGUCAAAACCAUCCUUCCUGGAGGCAUCGCUGAUCAGGACAGCCGCCUGCGCAGUGGGGACCACAUCCUGAGAAUUGGAGACACUGACCUGUACGGCAUGGGCAGCGAACAGGUGGCGCAGGUCCUCAGGCAGUGUGGCAACAGGGUGAAGCUGGUGGUAACCAGGGGUCCCGUGGAUGAGCUUCCCUCUGUCUCUGCUGUCAUGCCCAUAGUGCUCCCCACUGUCACGGAACAACAGGGAUAUGAGGAUGAUGAGGCUGACGCUUUUGAUGUGAGCCUUACAAAGAACGCACAGGGACUGGGGAUCACUAUUGCUGGCUACGUCGGAGAUAAAAAUUCAGAGCCUUCUGGAAUUUUUGUAAAGAGCAUAACGAAAGACAGUGCCGUAGACCAAGACGGACGUAUUCAUGUUGGAGACCAGAUAAUAGCUGUCGACGGAGUAGACAUCCAAGGAUACACCAACCAACAGGCAGUGGAAGUGCUGAGACACACGGGCCAGACGGUCCACCUGAAGCUGAUCCGGCGGGGCUUCAAGCCCGAGGAGAUCCCUCCUGCCGUGACCCCCAUCGUCACCGUCCUGCCCCCCUGCACCACCAUCCCUGCCACCGCCACCGUCAUGAGGGAGCUGGAGCUGGAGAGGAGGAAUGCUGAGGAAGAAGUUCAAGUCACCACAGAUGAAAAGGCGCUCCAGACAAAGAGUGACGGAUCGGGUGUCGGCCCAGCCACGGAUCUGUUAACAGAAGACAAACAUGGGAUGAAGCUUUCAGCCUUUGAAGAGGAUGAACUCAUGAAGAAAUGGCAAGAGAUUCUGGGUCCAAGUAAUGAAGUUGUAGUGGCACAGGUGGAGAAAUACAGUGAGAGCAGUGGCCUGGGCAUCAGUCUGGAAGCCAACAGUGGGCAUCAUUACGUCCGCUCUGUUCUACCUGAGGGACCUGUUGGUCGCUGUGGCAAGCUGUUUAGUGGGGAUGAACUGUUAGAGGUCAAUGGUAUAUCCCUAAUUGGUGAGACCCACAAGGAAGUAGUGAGAAUAUUGAAGGAGCUCCCACUCUGCGUGUUCAUGACCUGCUGUAGGCCCGCCCCUCACCUGCAGACUGACAUGGAUACUGUUCAACCAGAGCCCCUUGCCACAACCCCUGCAUUAAAGCAGAAACAAACAGACCUGAGCAGUGUGCUUGUUACUGAAGACUCAGAGGUGAACGCAGCAGAAGCAGCAGAAGCAGCAGCAGCAGUAACGCAGGAUAAUGUCACAGAGGAGGUGAUAGGAUCUCCUUUGGCUAUGUGGGAGCUGGAGAUCCAGAAUAUCGAGCUUGAAAAGGGAGAAGGGGGAUUGGGUUUCAGCAUUCUGGACUAUCAGGACCCACUGGACCCCGCCAAGACAGUUAUUGUGAUCCGCUCCCUGGUUCCUAAUGGUGUAGCUGAGCAGGAUGGACGACUGUUGCCAGGAGACAGACUCAUGUACGUUAACAGCACCGACCUGGAGAACGCCAGCCUGGAGGACGCCGUCCAGGCCUUGAAGGGGGCCAAGCUUGGCAUGGUGCAGAUAGGAGUUGCCAAACCUCUGCCUGAUUUAGGAUAUUCCCACCCUCCACACCCAUAUGGUGAGCAGGAAAUUACACCAUCAUCCACCAUCCAUUCAUUUGCCUUCAACAAUAUUAUGGUUGAAGAAGGAGAGGAAGAAGGACUGGCUGAGGGCAUCGUUUACCGAGCUGAGCCUGCAUUGGUUGACACCGGUGACGCAGACCUGUCUGAUGAAAAGGUGUUAGAUCACACUUACUCUGGGAUGGAGGACGACACUUUCCAAGCGUCCAUGAUCGCUCUACAUGGAAGCAGCUGCAGCGCAGACUUGGACUUUCUGCACUCAUCUACACCCAAGCUGACAGCUCGCCUCGACUUGUUGGAGGAGCGUCCCUGCUUUGCAACAGCAUCAGGCCUUCCAGACGACACUCAGGCGUUUACUGCGGAGACGCCGGCCUCUUUCACUCCUCAGAGUCUGAGUGGGUUUAACGCCAUGCUGAGCAGUAAUGACCAGUACCUGGCACCACACCUGGCCAAAGAUGAAGCAGUGGAGAGCUCAAACUCAUACAGCACGUUUGGUGAUGUCUCAGAGGAGCCUGCUGAGCCUCUUUCAUACCAGAAGGAGUCGCCCAUGUCUUUUGAAGAUAUAAAGAUUUUAAUCAAGGACGAGGACGUUGGCGUGAAAGAAUCAACAGAAGACGGCGACAAGGAAGCUCUGACCUCAGGGAGCAACUUUGAAAGGACCAUCACUGUUGUCAAAGGCAACUCCAGCCUUGGGAUGACGGUGAGCGCCAUCAAAGAUGGUCUGGGAAUGCUGGUCCGCAGCAUAAUCCAUGGUGGCUCCAUCAGCCGCGAUGGGCGUCUGGGUGUGGGCGAUCUCAUCCUGGCCAUCAAUGGAGAACCAACCGCCAACCUGACCAGUGCUCAGGCUCGAGCCCUGCUGAGACGACACUCCCUUAUUGGACCAGACCUUGGAUCUGCUUGUGCACCUGAGGAAGAUCUGUGCCCAUUUUAUGUCAUCACUUAUGUUCCAGCAGAGUACCUGGAGGAAUACACCGCUAGCCUACAGCAGCAUACAGAUGAUGUCUUCUCUGAAACAGCUCCAGCUCCAGAUCAUGCUCCAGUCUCAGUUCCAGCUCCAAAAGAUACUUUAAACCUCCCUGAACGGGAAGAUGGCGAGGGAGAGGAGAGCACAACUUAUGGCAACUGGAACCAACCAAGAAAAGUGGAGCUCUUCCGUGAACCAGGCAAAUCCCUGGGUAUCAGUAUCGUCGGUGGUCGCGGGAUGGGCAGCCGCCUGAGCAACGGAGAGGUCAUGAGGGGCAUUUUUAUCAAACACAUCCUGGAGGACAGUCCUGCUGGACAGAACGGGACCCUGAAGACAGGAGACAGGAUUGUAGAGGUGGAUGGAGCUGACCUCAGAGAUGCCAGUCAUGAAGAGGCAGUGGAGGCCAUACGCAGGGCAGGCAACCCUGUCUCCUUCUUGGUUCAGAGUAUUGUCCACAGGUCUAGGCCUGAGUCGGUAUAUAGCCCAGCUCCAUCACCAGCUGUAAAGAAACACACUAUCGCUUUCACGUGCAUGCCAAACGCCCCAUGUCAGAAGCCGCCCCUGCCCUUCCUGAAGCUUAAUAGCCACUGCAGGUCGAGCCUUCGCUGCACUAAUCAAAACUACUUAGCUCCUGCCCUCCCUCAGCAGUCAUCAAACGCAGACUCCAGUGAGGAGAGAGCAGCAGCUAUGACGAGGGACAACAAGGACAAGGAGGCUGACAGUCACAGUAGACUUGUCCUCCGCCUCUCCCCAACUAACCCUUUCACUCCUACCCCGUUUAAGCUGGUGAAGCGUGACGCAGCGAAGGUGGCGCCCACCAGCGCCAUCCUCCCCCUGCCAGUGGUGCCCCAUGUGGGAGAGACCGAUACGGACACGCUGACAGAGAUCCCUGGCAGGCCUGCUGAGGUAGAGGAGGGCGAGGAGGGCGAGGAGGUGGAGGACGAGUUUGGAUACAGCUGGAAGAACAUAAUCCAGCGCUACAGCAGCCUCCCAGGUGUCCUACACAUGAUCGAGCUGGAGAAAGGCAAGACGGGCCUGGGACUUAGCCUGGCAGGGAACAGGGACCGCUCACGCAUGAGUGUGUUUGUGGUGGGAAUAGACCCCAGUGGAGCGGCCGGCAGGGACGGGCGGAUGGUGGUGGGGGAUGAGCUGCUUGAGAUUAACGGACAAGUCCUUUAUGGCCACAGUCACCAGAACGCCUCCUCCAUCAUCAAGAGCUCUCCAUCCAAAGUCAAAAUCAUCUAUGUCAGGAACACGGAGGCGCUGAACCAGAUGGCUGUGGGACCAGUGAGGGAGCAGGAGGGAGACACGGUGGAGCCCCACACGGAGCUCGAAACAACCGCAGCCAAUGGUGACGCAGACAGUUCAAAGCACGUGAAUCACAUCAUAAAGCUGAAGGAUGAAGAAGGGCAUGGCAUCACCUUUGUGGAGGGAAACACAGACACUGGAGUGGAGAUCCAGAGUUUAUGUGAAGUCGAAGGACACACAAGCAAAGACGACUGCAUGCAACCAGGAGACAAACUCUUAUCUGUGAACGGUGAAUCAGUUCUGGGCUACACUGUUGAAAAGGUCAAUUCUCUCCUGAGAAACUCCAAAGGUCCUUUGAAGCUAACCUUCUCCUCUCCCCAGUCAACCUGCCUGGACAGCGCUGAGGCCAGCUUACCCAGCAUGCCUAGUGCCACUACGAGUACCCUGAGUCAACCAGAGGCAGAAGCAGCUACAAGUCUAAGUCGCUCAUCCACCCCUUCCACUCUGACCUGCGACCCAGCGACCUGUCCCAUCAUCCCCGGGUGUGAGACCACCAUCGACAUCUCCAAAGGCCGCACAGGUUUAGGUCUGAGCAUCGUGGGAGGCUGUGACACACUGCUGGGGGCCAUCAUUAUCCAUGAAGUUUACGAAGAAGGGGCAGCCUCCAAAGAUGGCAGACUCUGGGCAGGAGACCAAAUCCUGGAGGUAAAUGGCAUCGACCUGCGUGCGGCCACUCACGAUGAAGCCAUCAACGUGCUGCGUCAGACCCCACAGAGAGUCCGUCUGUCUGUCUACAGGGACGAGGCUCAGUACAAGGAGGAGGACCUGUGGGACUCGUUCACUGUGGAGCUCCACAAGAAGCCAGGCCAGGGCCUGGGCCUGAGCAUCGUUGGGAGGAGGAACGACACGGGAGUCUUUGUGUCUGAUAUUGUGAAAGGAGGUUUGGCGGACACUGACGGCAAACUGAUGCAGGGCGACCAGAUCCUGUCAGUCAAUGGUGAUGAUGUCAGAUCUACAACUCAGGAGGCAGUGGCUGCUCUGCUCAAGUGCUGCGUUGGGCCUAUAAAAAUGGAAAUUGGGAGGUUUAAGGCAGGCCCCUUCCAUUCUGAAAGACGGAUGUCUCAAAAUAGUCUGAUGGGUGAAUCGGGUAGCUCCAAGGUGGCCUCCCAGUCGUGUUCAGACUCUGGAAACCUUGGCGGUGAUGCUGAGAAACUAACUGUAGAGCAUCAGGACACCCGCACGGUUGAGUUCACCAAAGGUCCCAAUGAGUCUCUUGGUAUCAGUAUCGCGGGUGGUGUUGGCAGCCCUCUGGGUGACAUACCAAUCUUUAUCGCCAUGAUGAACCCUGUGGGCGUGGCUGCUCAGACCCAGCAGCUCAAGAUCGGGGACCGCAUCGUCAGUAUCUGUGGAACCUCUGCUGAAGGCAUGACCCACUCACAGGCAGUCGCUCUGCUAAAGAACGCUACAGGCACAAUACAGCUGCAGGUAGUAGCAGGCGGUGACACCACAGUGACGGGGCCCUCUCAGGAGCAGGCAGCUGGAGGUCUCACACCCAGCUGCAUCUUCCAGGAUGACCUCGGCCCACCUCAGUAUAAGACCAUCACUCUUGAUCGAGGACCUGACGGACUUGGUUUCAGUAUUGUUGGAGGGUACGGCAGCCCCCAUGGAGACUUGCCCAUCUAUGUCAAAACCGUUUUUGGAAAGGGAGCAGCUGCAGAAGACGGCCGCCUGAAGAGAGGAGACCAAAUCAUGGCGGUUAACGGGCAGACUCUGGAUGGCGUCACUCAUGAAGAAGCUGUUGGCAUCCUGAAGAGGACCAAAGGAACUGUCACACUCACUGUGUUAUCAUAGACACACACAUAAACAGUACUGUCACUCUUUUUUGUUGCUCUUAUCACACAUAGUUAUUCCAUAUCAAGAACUUGUAUUUAGCACCACAUGACAUGGGUGUGAAGUCAGCUCUAGCAGAAGGAGAACUCAAACCAGCAAUACUCAUAUAUAUAAACAGGAUUGUGCUAAAUCAUCUGUGAAUAUACGCACACUGAAAUAUGAACUGUACACUGAUAAUCGUGACAAAGCUGAUAUCUCAAUGUAGCUUUAAACACUGUGAUCCACAUAAGCCUAUUGUAGGUAGACAUUUGUACAGAAUAAGUCAUCAUACAGAGCUUUUAUCACUGAAACACUCAAAUUGCUCCUAAAUAAGUAUGUAAAGAACAUAAAAUGAAGUUGUUUGGUGAGUCUCAAACAUGCUGUAAAUAGUAUUAGACACAUGGUAAAACGCAAGCUACAUUCCAAGGCUCUGGUAUGAAGUAUUCAUUAAAUUGCAAUGCAAGUAUUUUGCUGUUUUCUGUACUCAAUUUAUGGGGAAGCGCCAUUUUUUUAUGAGUGUUUUACAACAGCAAGGGCCCCAAAGUAGGAUUGGAAAUUUCUGCAGCGAAGCCGCCCUUUUUAAUCCAACUUUUUUAAAGUCUUGGGCCUUCUUAAAGUGCAGACAUCCCGCUGAAUGAGCAGCACAUAACAGCAUGAAACAGCAUGACACACACUCUUGGGGGCAAUUAACUCAUUAGCAGUAUUUAGCUAAUGGCUGUAUUAGCUGAUAAUAGCAUUAUUUGUCUCUUGCACUGCACUGCUGUUGGCAAGUUUUCACACAGAUUUUCCUGGAAGGCAAAUGCUGUAAUUGGUGUUAAUCAAUUUAUCAUGAAGACACUGUUGUUUCAACGAAAGAGGCCAAGAGAGCAUUUUUUUAAGUGCUGAAGACUAGAAAACUGUCGUAACUAUAUAGUGGGUUAACAUUCCCUGAAUGGAAAGAUGUGAAUUCAUUGAUGUCUUGGUCCUUAAAAUUGAAAAAAAAGUGUGUGUAUGUGUGUGUAUGACCUACUCUCUGAACUAUAGUGCUGCUAAAGCCGAUACAUUACGUAUUAUUUCACAGUAUUUGGAUUCUUUUUAAGUAUUAAUUCAUGUUCACUACAUGAGAGUGUACUAAAUGGCCUCCUAUCUUGUAUGGAGUAAGUGGUUUUUACCAAGUGUUAAGAGGUCAAAUGUUUAUGUAAUGGACCUGAGCCCAGUUUGACCUCAUUAUGUACCCAAAAUAAAGGCAUCUAGUGAGUAGUUUUCAAAUUAUAGACAUGUGUUGUGUGUCCUAGUUGUUUCAGAGAACUCUUGUCUGUUCUCUAGAACUGUCAAUAUGACAGUAUUGAAUUUAUUCACACUGAAUUAAAUAAAAGUGACCUUUGGAUUUAA